AUGCGUUCUUUUGUCAGUCGCAGGGAUCCUCUUCAUAAUGAAGAGGACAACUCAGAGCCAUCUGCUGGAGAGCAGCCGUCUUCCUCCAGUGUAGCACCAGGUUCAGUGCAGGCGGCGCCUUCAGCACCAGCACCUGAAACUGACCCGUCCCCGCCACCUUACAGUAGCAUUACUGUGGAAGUCCCUACAACUUCAGAUCAGGAGGAAGAGUGUCCACCAAGAGAUGACUUCAGUGAUGCAGACCAGCGUAGAGUGGGCAAUGAUGGCAUGUUUAUGUUGGCAUUUUUCAUGGCGUUUAUCUUCAACUGGCUUGGGUUUUGCUUAUCCUUCUGCAUCACCAAUACCAUCGCUGGACAGUAUGGCGCCAUCUGUGGAUUUGGCCUUUCAUUGAUCAAGUGGAUCCUUAUCAUCAGGUUUUCUGAUUAUUUUGCUGGAUAUUUCAAUGGACAGUAUUGGCUGUGGUGGAUAUUUCUUGUACUUGGCCUGCUCCUUUUCCUCAGAGGAUUUGUUAAUUAUCUCAAAAUCAGAAACAUGUCUGAAAGUAUGGCAGCAGCUCAUAGAAUAAGAUAUUUCUACUUACUAUAGAGACUGCAUCAACCCAACAUUCCUUUCUUAUACCAAUGUGAAAUUUCCACAUCAUCUGUAAAUCGACAACUUUAGGAUAGAAGACUAUUAAUAACGGAAGAAAAAUUAGUAAAAGGUGGAGCUACAAAAUUAAGUGUCAGGGUGGUUUAACCUUAAAAGCCAUUUCUGUUAAGUCCUUAAUUAUUAGUAUUUUAUUUGUUUUGCACAUUUGCAUAUUCUUGAAAGAAACUGUCAAAUUGGAGCAGUAAAGUACAGUCAUGUUUGGUUAAUCAGUGUUUGAUAGAGUUGAAAGGGUGGAGUGGUGAAUAGUCUUCCAGCAUGUAAAUGCUUCUGACUCUACCAUUCGUAUAAUAAAAUUACACUAUUAAUCUUGUCAAA